AUGAAGGGGACUCCCAGCAACUUGGACACCCUGCUGUGGGUCUACCACUUCCACAGCUCCACCGAGGUGGCCCUACAGCCUCCGCUUCUGUCUUCCCUGGAACUUGCUGUGGCCGCAGCUCACGAAUAUCUGGUCCAAAGGUUCAGAGAACUUAAGUCCCAGGAGCCCCUGGAAUCCAAUAAGCCGCCUGCCCAGAAGGCCACCUUGGGGCUGGUGCUAAGAGAAGCUGCAACCAGCAUCAUGAGCUUCGGAGCCACCUUGUUAGAGAUCUCAGUCCUGUGGCUACAGCAGGAAGUGCUGGACAGCAGCGACGGCUGCCUGAGCGCAGCCCCGAACACUGGGGAUCCGGGUAGGGCACUGGCCCGUGUAGCCCUGGCUGCAGGGCAGGGGAUUCGGCAAGCUGGAGCAGCAGCUGGCGCAAGUGUCCGGUACCUGAUCCAGGGGGCGUGGCUGUGCCUGUGCGGACGCGGUUUGCACGGGUCCACCUCAUCCCUGCAACACACCCUACGCCUGCUGGGUCUUGGGGUCCCCGGGGAUCCGAGAUACCCGGGAGACCCCAAGGUGACAUCCAACAGCAGUGAGGAGAACGGGGGACCAGAUAAUCCAUCACUGUCCCAGCCCCACCCUGUGUCCAAAUAA